AUGUCUGAAACACCUUUUAAGGAGAGCGACACACAUAUUGAGCAAUCUUUCAUCGCCGACGAUAUCGAACAAUUUGCCAUACUGACAUUCACUUCCGUUAAUGAAUCGGAUAGUAAGACGUAUACCUGUCAGGCUGAGAAUACGUAUGAAAGAGAAAGCCAGGUUUUCGAUGUCGAAGUGAUUUUGGAGGGUAUUUCAACAACUGAGUUAACGGAUGACACAACAAUUGAUUUUAUCGAAUCGACAACGGAAGAAACCACUGAGACAGAUUCAUCGACGUCAGAGCUCACUGAUUGGACUGAUGAGCAAACAACGUUCUCAAGUCGUACGACAGAACAGGCAUCGUCGACCAUUGUUACAUCGACAUCGUCUUUAACAACAUCCACCCCAACAACCCUUAGCACAAUAACUCCCUUUCCGUCAACAACAACUACAACCCUUAAACCUCCUGGGUCUGGGAAAGUUUACACUAUGUGCGAACUUGCAGAACAGCUAACUUACUUGUUUCAAGAUGUAUAUGACUGGAAUAUGGAUAUUGAAAAAUGGCUCUGCUUAGCAAAGAUCACAACUUCUUUCAACGCAUCCCACGUAGGAUUUUCUCUAUGCGACACCUUAGUUUAUUACGGAAUUUUUAAGCAAUAA